GCUGUUCUGGGGAUGUCCAUCUUCACACCCUCUCUUCCUCCCCAGGGAGUGAUACACUGUGUGGGAGCUCUCCCUCCGUGUCCAUCAAGUCGUGAUGGGGCUUACAGAGGGCACCACCAAGAAGAUGAUGAAGCAGAAGGUGCAGGACAGCUCCUUCACUUGCACGACCAGGACACAGAUGAGGCCAAGGCAGGAUUUCCAAACUGGCCAGCCUUUUGGGCCCUGCAGUUUGGACCCUUCAGAUGUGUCCCCGCACCGGGCGCCGAUGGGAGAGCGCGGGCGACGGCCGGUCGGCCCGCCGACGAGGAAGUGUCUAGCGACUCUGAGACAGAGAGCCCGUUGCUGGGGCGGCGGCGGCGAGAGGCAGCGGAGGAGGAGGUGGAGGAGACGCCGCAGGAGAAGAAGCUGCGCUUGGCCAAGCAGUACCUGGAGGAGCUCCGCCAGCUCGAGGAGGAGCGGGCGGAGGAGGAGGAGGAACUCGAGCCGGUGGAUCUCAUCGGCGACCGGCUGAAGGAGGACGUGUUGGAGCAGAGAGGCCGGCUACAGCGCCUGGUCGCCAAAGAUGUACAGUCUCCAGAUCCAGCCAGGAUCCGUGUGCUGCGGGGACACCAGCUGCCUGUUACCUGCCUCGUCAUCUCUCCUGAUGACAGAUUCAUUUUUUCUGCUUCCAAGGACGGCUCCCUCAUCAAAUGGGAGGUGGACAGUGGGAAGAGGCUGUGCGUGGUGCCCGGGGGGAAGAAGGGCACGGAGGAGCAGCACAUGGGGCACGCAUCCCAAGUCCUCUGCAUGGCCAUUUCAUCGGACGGCAAGUACCUGGCUACGGGAGACAGGAACAAGCUGAUCAUGAUCUGGGAUGCAGCCACCUGCAAGCGCCUGCACAUCUUCAGAGGGCACCGCGACGCUGUCUCGGGCCUGUCCUUCCGAAAGGGCACACACCAGCUGUACAGCGCUUCCCACGACCGCUGCGUCAAGGUCUGGGAUGUGGCUGAGAACGCAUACGUGGAGACCCUGUUCGGACACCAGGACAUCAUCACUGGGCUGGACAGCCUGAGCCGGGAGUGCUGUGUGACAGCGGGGGGACGGGAUGGCACCGUGCGGCUCUGGAAGAUCCCUGAGGAAUCACAGCUCGUCUUUUCUGGGCACCAGGGCUCCAUCGACUGUAUCCAGCUCAUCAACGAGGAGCACAUGGUGUCUGGUGCUGAUGAUGGGUCUUUAGCCCUGUGGGGGCUGACGAAGAAGAAGCCGCUGGCGCUGGCUCGGCAGGCGCACGGAGAGCAGGACGUGCAGGGCCUGCAGCAGCCCUACUGGAUCUCAGCCGUGGCUGCCCUGCGCAACAGUGACCUCCUGGCCACAGGAUCCCACAGCGGCAGUGUGAAGCUCUGGAAGUGUGGUGAAGGAUUUCGGAAGGUGGAGCACCUCUUGGACAUCCCCUUGGUGGGUUUUGUCAACAGCCUCAAGUUCUCAGCAGCUGGUGACUUCCUGGUGGCUGGCAUCGGGCAGGAGCACCGGCUGGGACGGUGGUGGAGAAUCAAAGAAGCCAAAAACAGUAUCUGCAUCAUCCCCCUGAAGCAGAAGACCACAGCCUCCAGCCCUGAAUCCCCUGGCUGUCCCUGGACAGCCACUGUCCCUGGAGCCACUGGAGCAGGUCAUUCUGUCCCUGUAGCUGUGCCUCCCAUCCUUGAUGCAGCCACCACUGUGGUCAGCAGGAUGUGAGUGGGGGUUGUCCCCUGAUUCUGCUGGCCCCCAUGUCUUGAUGUGGCUCUGCCCUCUGCGAGGGUCUGUUGCUUUCUGUCAGGUUUUGCUGUGCCUGAGCUCUGGAACAAUCCAUUUUGUAAAAAAAAACAACACCAAAACCACUUUAUUUACAUAAAUUACAAAAAAAAAAAAUCA